AUGGUCAGGCUGUCUCGGCAACUCAAGUUCGUCGUCUGUGGUGUGCUGCUCACGCACGCCUACUGUGCAGCAACAGCUGCUGCAGCAGAGCCAGAGCCUGCUGCUGCUUCUGGUGGUUUUCUUCGAAGACGCGUAGGGUCUUCAAGUUCUGGGGGAGAAGUGGUGGCUCCUGGAGAUGAAUCUGUAGGAUCAAGGGAGGACUCCGGCACCCCGAGGCCUCUGGUUUCUGACCCUUUUGUCUGGGGCCGUUCACCGCUCUUUGGAGAAGAUAUACCUGAGGGAAGAGUGGACCAGUCGGGGCCCCCACCGGCCCUUACUACUUUCGAAUCCCCCGGAGAAACCCAAGCUGUAGAGCCAGCGGGGACCCCCUCGGGGGCCCCUUCGGGGGCCCCUUCGGGGGCCCCUUCGGGGGCCCCUGCGGGGGCCCCUCCAGGGGCCCCAGAGGGGGAGGAGGAAGAGGGCCUUGAAGAAGGCGAAUCUGGCUCUUCGGGCGAGAGUUCCAGCAUAUCUUCCGAGACAGCAGCAGCAGAGGCAGCAGCAACAGGAAGUCCUGAGGGCAGCAAGGGGGUGACUGACAGCUCGUCAACUUUUGCUGAUGGGGGCGGAGAUGAGCAGCCCGUUGAGGCUCUGGGAAGCAGCGGAGAUGAAGAGGAGGAAGCUGAAGAUGAUGAGCCUCUUUUUGGAAACUUGUUUGACGAGGUGGACGGCAUCAGGGGGCGCCGGCUGGCAGCAAGCAGCAGGCGCAAGCGGACCAGCAGCAGCAGCAGCAGCAGCAGCAUCAGCUUGAGGAGGGGCGCGAGGAGGAACCGCCGCAGGCGAGUUCUGCAUGAGGGGGAAUCCUCUGAGGAGGAAGAGCCGGAUUGGGAGUUGGGGAAGCUCUUCGAAGGACUAGUUGAAGCAGAAGCUGCUGCUGCAGCACGGUUUGAGGAGGAGGGCAGAGGGCAGCAGCAGCAGCAGCAGCAGGACGAUCUGGGGCAGCUGGCGCUGCGCCAGUUGCUCGGACUCGGGGCGAAGCUCGAGGGCCCCGAGAUCCCCCAGGGCCUCCAGAAGUUGCUGGAAAAAGAAUUUCAAGGAGUUCAAGACUUUGCAAAAGAAGCAUUAAAGGGCCUCCAAUCCGAAUUUGGGGUUCCCAACGGGGGGGCCCCCGACCCUGCAGCAGCUCUGGAGCAGCUGCUGGCAUUUGUUGAGCAGAAGGGGCCCCAGGGCCUCGAGGAGUUGGCAACUUCUCUUGAGCUGUCUGAGGAGGCGCUGGCGUCCUUGGAGCAGGCAGCAGCAGCAGCAGCAGCAGCAGCAGCGGCAGCAGCGGAAACGGCGGACCCAGCAGCAGCAGCAGCAACACCCGCAGGCAAGAGGAUGUCUGCGGAACAGGUGAAAGCUGCAAUUGAAAAGUUCGCCAAACAACUCAAGACGGCGCUACAGCCCACUGCGGAGGAGCUGCAGCAAGCUGCUGCGCUGCUGAAGGGCAAAGUGGCUGUGGGGCAGCAGCAGCUGCGCGAAGCAGCAGCAGAUGCUUCUGCGUACGUCGGCCAAACCCUAAAAGCGGGUUUGCAGGCGCUGCAGAAGACUCAGCCGCAGGUGCUCGAGGCAGUUGCGAGGUUCUACACUGCACUGGAAGAGGGCUCGCAGCAGCAGGAGCAGCAGCAGCAGCUGCAAGAAGCAGAUGGCAUGAACUAA